AUGGCCUCUCCUAAGCUCCAAGUCGCCGUUGCUGGCCUCGGCCGCAUGGGUGCUCGUCAUGCUCUCAACUUUCACAACAGAACUCCCCGCGCUGAGCUCGUCGCAGCCUUUACCCCUGUCCAGAAGGAGGCAGACUGGGCCAAGGUUCACCUCGAGGGUGUUACAAUCUACAAUGACUACCAGGAGAUGCUGAAGCAUCCCGGCCUUCAGGCUGUGGUAGUCGCUACCGUAACUACCGCUCAUGCUGAAGAGGCCAUUCAAGCCAUUGAGGCUGAUAAGCAUGUUCUUUGCGAGAAGCCUCUAAGUACCAGCGUUGAGAUCUCCCAAUCCGUGGUCGACGCCGCUGCCAAGAAGCCUCACCUCAAGGUCAUGUGUGGUUUCUCCCGUCGAUUCGAUGCCUCAUACCGCGAUGCCUUUGAUCGCAUGGACAGCGGUGCCAUCGGUCGCCCCUCCGUCUUCCGAUCUCAAACCUGCGAUAAGCUUGACCCAUCCGGUUUCUUCGUUGCCUAUGCCGAGUUCAGUGGCGGUAUCUUUGUCGACUGUAACAUCCACGAUAUCGACCUUGCCUUGUGGUACUUUGGCCAAGACUCUAUCGUCAAGUCUGUUGUUGCUACUGGCAUCACUGCUGUCCAGCCUGAGUUGCGAAAGCACAAGGAUGUAGACAAUGGUGUUGGCAUCGUUGAGUUCUGGGGCGGCAAAGUUGCAUACUUCUACUCUUCGCGCAUGAUGGCUGCUGGUCAGCACGACAUGACAGAGGUUAUAGGUACUGAAGGCAAACUUGCCAUCAAUGCCAACCCUGUCGGCAACCUUGUUGAGAUGCACGAGGCAACCGGCGUGCGCCGACAGAUUCCCGGCGACUACUAUGGUCGUUUCGAGCAUGCCUUCGUCACAGAAGCCAACGAAUUCACAUCUUCAGUGCUUGACAACAACAAGCUACCAUUCAAGCUUACUGGUGCUGUUCAGGCUGUUAAGAUUGGUUGCGCCCUCCAGGAGUCGCUCAACUCGGGCAAAAAGAUAAACUUUGAUGAGACUGGUCGUCGCAUCGAGGAAUCUAAGCUGUGA